AUGAAUAUGUUGGCAGGCACAUAAUUUGCUGAGCUAUUCCUCAUUUCUGUAAUGGAUGUGUAUAUUUUGAUUCGGUGUUCUCAAUAAACAUAAUUUCUAUCUUGCAAAAGACCUGUGUGAGUCACUGGGUAAAUCUGCCAAGAUGCAUUGAUAACAUAAUUUAAUCCUAAUACAUGGGACUCUUGGAAUAUGUGUUUAGUAAAAGCAUGGUUCUACUCAGGAGGUGCAUCAAAUAUGGUAGGAGAUUUUACAUCCAUGCCGACACAACCUGACAAGGGGCCGCUCGGGACAUCGUGCAAAGCAUGGCCUCCAUGGGGCUGUCCCUAAAUAUGGUUGGCCCAACUCAUAGUCACGGACAUGCCUUAGACCUGGUGUUCACCUCUAGUGACAUGGGUGAUCUGACACUAAGUAAAAGUGAAACAAAAGAAGUGCCAUGGUCAGAUCAUUUCCUGGUGCAACUGGACUUCUCCCCAACCCUUCCCCUCUGCAGGGAGGUGGGACCAAUUCGGAUGGUCCACCCCCGCCACUUAAUGGAUCCAAAUAGUUUCCAGAGAGCGGUAGGGGAUGCUUUAUCCCAUGUUGAUGGCCUUUCAGCUGAUUCCCUGGUGACCCAUUGGAAGUAGGAGUUAACCAGGGCUAUCAACUGUCUGGCUCCGAAGCACCUUCUCCAAUUGCAUGGAGCUCGGACAGCCCCAUGGUUUUCCUCUGAGCUGAGGGUGAUGAAACAAUCGCUGAGACAGGUAGAUCACCGGUGGAGGAAAACUCAUUCUGAAUCGGACCAGACAUGGGCUAGAGCUCAACGUCGAGCCUACCAAGUGGUGAUGGCGAAGAAGACUUUCUUCACCGCCUCUAUUGCAUCUGCAGAAAACAGCAGCAGGAGACUCUUUCAGGUGGUUCGCAAUUAAACAGAACCACCUUUACCAUCGGGGCCUUGUAAAGACCCCAAGAUCUCCUGCAACAAUUUUGCAAAGUUUUUUGCAGAUAAAGUCGCUCAGAUUUGAGAAGAGGUAGACUCCACCUACCUAUUCCAAACCCUCCCAAUCAGGAUUCCCCCAACCCAACUUCACAGAUGGCAGAGAAAACCACUUUUUUAUCUUCUCACAUAAAAAACCAAGAAUAAGCACCAAAUAUCUGCAUCUCCCCACCUCACAAGGAUGAUGGGGAAUCCCCAACAUAGAAACAUAUUAAAGAGCCAGCCAAAUAUGACAUAUAAUCCCAUAUAUACUGGAAGAUGAGACAAAACACCUAGAGAGGGACUCAAUUGAAAAUAUCUGCACCACAGCAUACCUGUUCCUCCCAAACAAACAAAGAAAAAUUCCCACAAUACUUAAUAGGUACACAGAAACCAUGUUCAAAGCAUGGAAAACAAAAAUGGGCAAACUAUCCUCAACCCCAUCCCCACUAACCCCCCUGGCUUGCCACCCAUUAUUCUACCAUAUAGGUGAUAUGCCCAGUUCUUUAUAGCAUUGCCUUGUCAGAACCAUUGAUAGUUUCAGGGUGGUUGGGACGGCUUUAAAGAGUUCACAGUCUGAGAAGCUACAGAAGGGGGAGAGAUUUAAAAGCCCUUCCAGCAACUCCCAGAAUCUUUUGCUGAUAAGACUGCAGGUUAAUAAUAUUUCCUGAACUGAGUCUCUUCUUAGUCUCUUUAUCAUCGUGUUUUUGUUAUAAAGGCUCUUACGUAGACGAGGCUUAGAGGGAGCUUGCCUUGACGCCAUUAUCCCGGAAGUCCUCGCCAUGCAGCAUUAAUAAUAUUAGUUAUAAUUAAUUGUAAUUAAUAAUAAAUAAAUAAAAAGUGCUAAUUUGGCCUGUGCAUGGUUGUUAGCAUGGUUAGCAUCCAAAGGAUAUUGCUGACAACAGUGUAAUGGCUUCUAAAAGGAAACAACAGGCACCAUCUUCUGCCCCUCCCCCAAAAUGCCCCAGUUCUAGCGGGUCUCAUGUUCAAGAUGGGGCAGGGAGGUCUGGUGCGUCUUGCAAUCCUAGAGCCUUGUCUCAAUUUUUCUCUGCUUUUGAAAUUUUUUAUCAGCAGUUUAGGCUCAUGGUCACUGGAGCAGCUUCUCCCAUUGAGGAUACCCCUGACUGCAUACCAGAUACGGCAUCAAGCAGUGAGGAACUUCCUCGUUUUUCUGCCACCUUAUCCAGCGAUUCUUGGGGGGGGGGUAACAAUCUUUCUCAGCGCCCCCAAACACAUUCACAGGCAUCGCAUUCCCGAUUUGCCAAUCCCCGAUCCUCUGGUAGUGGGGCUCGUUCUUCCAAGUCUAACCCUUUGCCUUCUCAGUCUACCCCUGACUUUCCUAGUAUUCUGGAGGACUCACAACGCCCUUCUCAGGCUCUACCCAUGGAAGCUGGCUCAGAAACAUCAUUGGAGGACAAGACUCAGGAGCAGCCGGCGGUUGCAGGACAACAUCUAGUGAUUAUUGAAGUACAGGAUAAGAGGAAAAAGUCAAAGAAGCAUUCAUCUAAGAAGAACCAGAGGAGUAAGCCUUCAGAUACUGAAGAGGAUUCAGAUAUCAUCCUUGGGAAUCACCUGUCCCGAAGGAAAAGGGCAAAAAUAUUGAAUGGGGAUUAUGUGGACAUCUCUCUGCUUCCACUGGCUAGGAUCUCAGGAAAAGGGGAGAAGAAGCAAUCCCAUGGCAGGUGCAGGUACAGGGCUUCUCAUGCUGACAGGACGUUCGAGAACUGGUUAGAUAGGUUCCAGGUUUCUAUGGGGGUGGUCGUUGCUGCUUACCCCAAACGUGCUAUGCAUCUCAUGGCUUAUAUGUCCCAUGUGAGGAGGGCCUUUGCUUUGGCAGGGGAGUCAGCGGUUCUAACGUAUCAUGAGGAUUUUCAUAGAAACGCUUCUCUGCUGCCCACCACACAUUGGGACCUGAGGGACCAGAACUACUGGAUGGAGCAUGUGGGUCCUUAUGUCGAGAAGCAGCAGCCUGAUGCCACAAAAUUUGGGAAAUUCAAGGCAAAGAGAGAUCCUUGCCGUAGGGUUUGUUGGGAGUAUAACAAGGGUGUGUGCCAGAGGCCAAACUGUAAGUACGCACUCGAAUGUGAGAGGUGCUUAGUUAACCACCCGGCAUCCUCAUACUUUCAAGGAAAACAGCCUUUUUGAGGCAGUAGGGGGCAUUUCCACCAGGGGUCAAGAAAUGCUCCCAGCCCCUUUCAAGGAUCCUCCUCAAACCAUUAUUAAUAUGUCCCUUGGUCUGGCAUUCUCUCCUGUUAAGCUCCCACCCUUGAGAAUCCUUCUUGACAAAUACCGUAAUAAAGAGGUGGCAAAAUACCUUUGGGAUGGGUUUUCUUAUGAAUUUAGGAUCCCUGUCUCGUACCCCCCCUAAUUCUGGGGACCCCCCCAAGCCAAACAUCUGUUAGGGAAAUGCCAGCUAUUGCAAAAAAGAAAAUAAACAAGGAAAUUUCAGCUGGCAGGUUGGCCGGCCCCUUCCGGGAGCCACCUAUAUUAGGUUUACACAUUUCUCCUUUGGGUAUUGUUCCCAAAAAGACCCCAGGAGAGUAUCACAUGAUUCACAACCUAUCGUAUCCUAAAGGCGGCUCGGUCAAUGAUGCAAUACCACAGGAACUUUGUUCCGUGAAAUAUGCCUCCUUUGACCAGGCAAUAAAGCUUAUUCGCAGGUUCGGCAUUGAGACAUUGUGACAUUGAGUCGGCCUUCCGUCUCCUACUGGUUCACCCAGAGGACUUUUGGUGGCUAGGUUUUAAGUUUGAGGGUGCUUAUUUCAUAGACAAAGCCAUGCCGAAGGGCUGCUCUGUAGCAUGUGCAGCAUUUGAGACUUUUGGUCCCUUCGCUUUAGAACUGGUUCUGAGGGGGUGACCCAUUAUCUUGAUGAUUUUCUUCUCGUCGCUAGUGCUAAUAGCCCUGACUGUGCUUCUCUUUUAGAGGCUUUCACAUCUCUUGCUGAGGAGCUCGGAGUACCUUUGGUGGCAGACAAGAUGGAGGGUCCAGUUUCAACCAUGACCUACUUGGGCAUUGAGUUGGACAUGAUCACACAGACAUCUCCGCUACCAAGGGAGAAGUUAACAGCCCUUAAGGAAAUAAUUCUGCAACUUCUUCCUCUCAGGAAGGUCACCCACAUGCAGAUUCAAUGCCUCCUGGGUCACCUCAGCUUUGCUUGCCGGGUAGUGUGCAUGAUUGGCUAAGCUUUCCGCUGGACUGCGUGCUCCUCAACACAGGGUGUGCCUCUCUAAGGUGGUCAAGUCAGACCUUGAAGUUUGGUUAAAGUUUCUGAAUAAGUAUAAUGUGGCAGGACAAUUUGAAACUGUGUUCAGAUUUUCAGGUACAGUCUGAUGCAGCAGGUUCUUUGGGGUUCGGUGUUUACUUUAGGGGGCGAUGGUGUGCUCAUCGCUGGCCUACUGGCUGGCAGGGGAAAUCUAUUACGCGUGACCUCACCUUAAAAAUCUUUCCAAUCGUAGUUGCGGUACACCUGUGGGCAGAUGACUUCAGGAAUCACCGGGUAUGCUUCUGGACCAACAACCAAGCGGUCGUCAGUAUCCUGUCGAAACAAUCAUUGCGCUCCCUUAGGGUGGCAAGCCUGCUCCGCUCCUUUGUGCUGUUAUGCUUAGAGUUGAACAUCUAUUUUUCAGCAAAAUUUAUACCUGGGGUUAACAAUGAUAUUGCGGAUGCUCUAUCUUGUUUUCAGAUGGACCGCUUCCGCUUAUUAGCACCAGAGGCACAGCAAUUGCCGGAGCCAUUCCCGGAGGACCUUUGGAGCCUUGGGAACGUGACGUCUUGAAAGGAGUGUUGGCAUCAGUGGCCCCGUCCGUCCACACUUAGGUCCUAUAAAAAGGUGUGGUUGGAUUUUAUGGAAUUCUGGUGCAAAUCCACUAAGGCUAGGCCGGACACCCCCCCUAAUAGGGAGGAGGUUCUGCAAUACUUGGUGCAUUUGAGGGAGUUGGGGUGCGCUGCAAAUACGCUUAACAUUCAGGCUGCCGUGAUUGAUUUCUUUCUUUUGUAAGUCUGUUUACUCUAUAGACCAGGCAUCCCCAAACUGCGGCCCUCCAGAUGUUUUGGCCUACAACUCCCAUGAUCCCUAGUUAACAGGACCAGUGGUUGGGGAAGAUGGGAAUUGUAGUCCAAAACAUCUGGAGGGCCGAAGUUUGGGGAUGCCUGCUAUAGACCCUUGUGUGGACUUCUUAGUCCGCAGGUCACUUGCGGGCUGGCGCAGGCUACAGCCUCCCAGCGGCGAUGGUAGAAGGCCCAUAACUCCCAGCGGCGAUGGUAGAAGGCCCAUAUACUAUGCCAAAUCCAUAAAAAAUUACGGCGUAUCUGUUGGUCCAAGUAUGAGGCUCAACUGUUUUCAGCUGCAUACUCCAUCGCCUUCUUUGGUGCUCUCCGUGUAGGUGAAGUGGUUUGUGAGGGUCAACCUGAUUCAGCUACUCGUGGAAUUAAAAGAUUUAACCUUGUCCAGAGCUAAUCUUGUUUGUUCAUGUCCGACAUUCCAAAACUGACCAGCAAGGAAAGGGGACCAUUAUUCAGCUUCAGGCAACUGGUCGCAAGAGACCAUGUCCGGUAAAAGACACUAGGCUUUUUUUGUACUUGAGACCAACCAUUUCAGGCCCAUUCCUGAUACAUCUGAAUGGCUCCUGCCUUGCACGGCAUCAGUUCAUGCGGGUUAUGCGAAGGGUGAUUGUGGCUUGUGGCCUCCCCCCAGCUGAAUUUGCUGCUCAUUCCGUUUGAAUCUGUGCUGCCACCACGGCGGUGCAUUUGGGACUCUCAGCUGAAAGGAUAAAGGACUUGGGGCAGUGGAAGUCUGAUGCCUUCAGGGGGUAUAUUCGUAAGACCUUGUGAUUUAUCUAGAUGCACCUGACUCGGCUUUGUUAUCUUCUUUUGCUUCCAAGAGAAUUUAGGGUGCACAUUUGGAUCAUAGUCCAGAGCAUCGUUCACUGGGCUUGAGCUCGCGCCUUCGAUCAUGGCCUGGGGUGCAGAUUGGAUCUACCUCCGAAUGUUAAGUUUCCUGGAUCGCUCAGAGGGGAAUGCACUGGGCGGAAUUCCUGCCAGCAGAGAAAGCCUGAUGUCCUUGUUAUUCAGCUGGGAGAAAAUGACUUGGCCUAUUGAAAAGGCGUGGACUUGAUGUGGAACAUCUACAGUGACUUUGACAAGCUGAUUGCCUCUUUUCCAAAUUUAACCCUACUUUGGUCAUCGCUGCUGGAGAGGCGUGUGUGGAGGGACUGUGGGUGUCCUAUUGUGAUAAACAAAGCCAGGAAACUAUUGGACCGUUCAGUGGUUUGUAGAGUGGCAGUGCUGGGGGGUCAGGUAAUCGACCACCCCACCAUUCAGUUCAGCAAGGUGGCCCUCUACCACGAAGAUGGCAUGCAUCUUUCCAAUGUGGGAAAUGAUGUGUGGUUGAAUGAUAUAAUUACAGGCAUUAGGGAUUGGUUGCAGGUGUUGAGGGUAUUGGCAGCGAGGCUUUUUGGCUCGGGUGGCGGUUAAGCAUUGGAAUAGUUCUGUAGAUGGAAAGAGGGGAGGCAGUGCCAUCACCUGUCUGGCACAUUGAAGGGUAGUCUGUUAAAGGAUUCCGGGGGGCGUGGCCCUGUCCAAAGCCUAGGGAGGUGAGGGCCUAAGGCACGCCCUCUAUCAGUGACCCUGGGGGAGCUCCUAGUUGAUGUGCAUCAGCAGGACUCUCUCUACUGGUGGUUAACCCUUCCCGGACUUCCAGCACAUGGGCUGGAAUCAGAUAUAGUCGGUUAGAUCCAAUGCCUAAGCCAAUACUGCUCAUCACCUGUAAACAAUAAAGUUGUGGCCUGUUUUAGCCCAUUAACCUUAAAUAAUUGUGUCAUGUGUCAUUUCUACCUGGGAGGGUCGGGAACUCACCACACAAAUGACACCUUUGCUUCCAUACUGAAAAAAGUACCAGAGCUCUGAAAUGCUUAUGUACCAAGUUUAGGUUAGCCAAGGAUAAAAUACAAGACACCUUCCUAGGGAAAUGAUCUCCCUUUGUUUCAUACAUGAACACUAACAGUGUUCUGCAGAGCAGGGGCAUACCCAGGAUCAAAACUAGGGGGGGGCAAGCCAUGGUCGUUCAGGGGC